GUAGCAAUUAUUUCCGGUGCCCAGCAGUUUAAUAGAGAGAAGCUGGAGCGGAACUGUAGUAGGCCGUGAGGCCGGUCUCCUCUCCCCUGCCCUCAUUGUGUUGGCCAAAACGUAGCGAAGAUGAGGAUGGCAUGUCUUGCAUCUGAGCUGAGUUCCUCCACCGCUCUUGUUCAUCCAUUGCCGCACCGUUGGAGAUCAACUUUCCCUCGGAUAGGAGGAACUGGGAGAUGGCCGUCGCCAAAGAUUCUGCGAUGCGCAUCCAUCAAUGUCAGGUCCUACUUUCAGCUGAUUCCUCCUCCAUAUCCCUUGAGUUCGUUGGAGCCUUACAUGAGCCGGGAGACGAUGGAAAACCACUGGGGAAGGCAUCAUAGGGAUCACCUGAACAGUCUCAAUACUCACAUUGCUGGAUCUGAGCUCAACGAGAUGCCAUUGGAAGAGAUCAUCCUCACUUCCUAUAACAAGGGAGACUUUCUACCUGUUUUUAUUCAUGCCGCUCAGACUUGGAACCAUGAUUUUUUCUGGCAAUCUAUGAAACCGGGUGGUGGGGGUCGGCCAUCUGGAAUUCUUCUUAAAUUGAUGGAGAGGGAUUUUGGUUCGUUUGAGCUAUUUUUGAAAGAGUUCAAGACUGCCGCAUUGACACAGUUUGGUUCUGGUUGGGUUUGGCUGACAUACAAGUCAAAUAGAUUAGAUGUGGGAAAUGCUAUAAACCCCUGCCCCUCAGCAGAAGACAAUAAGCUUGUGGUGACCAAGACUCCAAAUGCUAUAAACCCCCUUGUCUGGGAUUAUUCUCCAUUGCUUGCCAUUGAUGUCUGGGAGCAUGCUUACUAUCUUGACUACGAGCAGAAUCAGCGUUCUGAGUACAUAUCUUUGUUUAUGGACAAGCUAGUUUCAUGGGAUUUUGUCAGCUCAAGGCUAGAGAUGGCCUUGGCGAGGGAGGAAGAAAGAGCAAGGGAAGAUGCCAGUAACGCUGAAGAGGAUGAUUUGGUCUUAGCGGAUAGUGAUGCGAGGGAGAUGUUUUUGGACAGCGAUGAAGAUGAUGCAGGGACUCAGUAGGAAUACAAACCAGUUGCAUGAUUUAUCUUUGCAAUAAAUUUAACCUAAUUGUUGGGUAUUUAGUUUCUAACCACAUUGUCUUGUACAAUUUGAAAAAGGGAAGAUUUACAUACAUACGACUC